GAGGGGGCAGUGACCCCAACACCCUUCCAGCACGACGUGGAGCUGAUGGACCCACGUGGCCGGACGCCCCUGGAGCUGGCCGUGUCUCUGGGCCACCUGGAGUCGGUGCGGGUGCUGCUGCGGCACAACGCCAACGUGGGCAGGGAGAAUGCCAAUGGAUGGACGGUGCUGCAAGAGGCGGUGAGCACAGGGGACCCCGAGAUGGUGCAGCUGGUGCUCCAGUACCGUGACUACCAGCGGGCAACGCGGCGCCUUGCCGGCAUCCCCGAGCUGCUCAGCAAGCUGCGGCGGGCAUCCGACUUCUACGUGGAGAUGAAGUGGGAGUUCACGAGCUGGGUGCCCCUGGUGUCCAAGGUGUGUCCCAGUGACGUGUACCGCGUGUGGAAGCGCGGCGAGAGCCUGCGGGUGGACACCACCCUGCUGGGCUUUGAGCACAUGACGUGGCAGCGCGGCCGCCGCAGCUACAUCUUCAAGGGGGAAGAUGAGGGGGCCGUGGUGAUGGAGGUGGACCACGACAAGCAGGUGGUGUACACGGAGACGCUGGCGCUGGCCCUGCACGAGCCCGAGCUGCUGCUGGCGGCCAUGCAGCCCACUGAGGAGCACGUGGCCGGGCGGCUCACCUCUCCCAUCGUCUCCACACACCUGGACACCCGGAACAUCGCCUUCGAGAGGAACAAGUCUGGGAUCUGGGGCUGGCGCUCGGAGAAGAUGGAGGUGGUCAGCGGCUACGAGGCCAAGGUGUACAGUGCCAGCAACGUGGAGCUGGUCACCAAGACCAGGACGGAGCAUCUCUCUGACCAGGACAAGUCACGCAGCAAAGGCUCCAAGACCCCCUUCCACUCCUUCCUGGGCAUCGCACAGCAGCACGGCACCCACAACGGGACACCUGUCCUGCAGGCUGCCAGCCCCACCAACCCCACGGCCAUCACCCCCGAGGAGUACUUCGACCCCCACUUUGACCUGGAGACCCGCAACAUCGGGCGCCCCAUCGAGAUGUCCAGCAAGGUGCAGAGGGCAGUGGCACUGGAGUGGUGCUGGUGGCCGGUGGCCCUGCCAGGUCCCCGUGCCCACGGCGGUGCCCCGGGCAGGUUCAAG